UGGGCGGAAGUUGUUAUGGCGGCGUAUGAGCAGGUACAGAGGAGCGCCCUGAAACUUAAAGGGGUAUCGGAACUAGGUGUAACGAAGCGAAAGAAGAGGAAGGACAAGGACAAGAGCAAGGUCCUGGAGCAGAUCAUGACGAGCAAGAAGAAUGAGGAAGAGAAGCAGAGGGGGCUGGACAAGCGGACCCCAGCGCAGAUCGCCUACGAGAAGAUGCAGGAGAAGAGGCAAAUGGAAAGAAUCUUAAAGAAAGCAUCCAAAACUCAUAAGCAGAGGGUGGAGGAUUUCAACAGACACUUAGAUACUCUCACUGAACAUUAUGACAUCCCCAAAGUCAGCUGGACAAAAUAGACUCCUGUCACAUUGAGUGG